UCGAAACCUGAGAUGAAGUCUUUCAGCCAUCGUUAUCUUACUCAAUGCCACCUAAAUGGAGAUCAAGUAGCUUCUUCAUCCCGGCGCAGAACUCGCGCCACCGCACAGCAUGUCUCGCGCUCUAUCGUGCCCUCCUCAAUGCCUGCCCCAAAGUACCUCUUCCAGAUGACCUCGCGACAGCAUGGCCAGGGAAGAGGCACCCCAUAGCCCAUGUGAUCCGACGCGCCUUCCAGAAGAACCGCGCCGACACGUCCACACGGCUCGUCUACCCAGCUCUCGAGGCGGGCUACCACAUGCUCGACACACUGUCGCGGGCCACGGACGAGACGACGCCUGAGUUCGCUUCCGUCCUGACUUUCAUGCGCAAGCGGCUGGCCCAGCGCGACCACGUCCUGCUACAGAAAGUGCUACACCCGCCCAACUCCAAGAACCCGGCCAAGCCGUCCUCGGCCCCGAACCCCAACACCGUCCCCUUGCUCGUGAACACCACACCCGCGCCCACGCCCCAGGACCCGAAGCCGAAGCCCACGUACGCCGCCGCGGCGCGACCGCGUCCGUCGGCCGACCUCCCCCCCGGGAAGAAGCGCAAGAUACCCGUGCUGGACAUGGCCAGGGAGUACCCCUUCCUGCGCCUCGGCAAGCCGCAGUCCAACAUCCUGAACCGUGUGCUCACGCAGAAGAACAGGACGCGCGUCAGGAGGAUGGACAUGGUCCGGGACUGGAACGACGAGUACUCCAGCGGCACCGGGCUCUAUGACUGCGAGGAGGAGGACGACUGGGAGGAGAUCAUCGUCGACCAGCUCGACAGAGAGGCCUUGGCUCCGGUUGUCAACGCUCGGAAUAAGUCACAGAGGCAGGAGGCUUUGGUGGCGCUGGGUGGCCGCGAGGUGUUUCUAAGGACGCUCGAGGAGGUGGAGCUCUGGGUCAAGGAGACCACGGGCGACCGUACGAAAUCGGCCUUGUCGUACAGGCAGACGCUGAACAUCCACGGUGUCAGUACGGUCAUGGAGAUGCUCACUCAGGAUCGUAACGACGCGGUCGCGAGAGCCUACGCCAUGCGGCAGAUCAUCAAGGAGGAGAAGGCCCUGGCCAAGCAGGAGGAAGAGCAAGACAAGUUGGAGCGCAGGAAGCGGUGGGAGAAACGCAUGCGUCUGGAAUAUGGGAAGAACUGGGAACAUGUCAUGGCAGAGGAGAAGAGACUAAGGGAUGAAAAGCGAGCGGCGUUCCUGCGACUGCCUAAAGAGAUGCGUGAUGCUGAGAUCUCGGAGCGGCGACGGGAAAGGAAACAAAAGAUAGAAACAGGCCUAGCUGGAGCGGCGCGAGUUAAAGACCUGGCUCGAGUAGCUCCCUAGGAGAGUGCGAAGCAGAAGGUCCAACACGGCACGUUCAUCCAGAAUAUGUGGAACAGACGGCCGAUUCUGUUAUCGACCAGUCAAUAGCAACGAUAGGGCUGCUUCUACUUCUCCAUCUGUAGAUUCUGUGUAUUAUAGUGUAUCGUUGACUACGACAGGGAAACA